AAAUUUUAUUUUCUUAUUGGACUCUAUUGGAUAUCUUUGCUAGAAAAUCCAAAUUCAACAGAACAAAUAUAAGAAUAAAUCAGAAAAUAUUCAAAAAUAAUUAUAAAAGUAGGGAGCAGACGUUUUCCAUCCACAAAAAGACCGUAUUGAACAAAAAUGAAUAUAAAUUUACCAAAUUUCAAUGUAAAAAAUCUGGUGAAGGAGGCGGGAAGUACUCUGUCCAGAGUGGUGCAGCUAACGGAAGAAAAACUCGGCACCACAGAGCGCACCGAGUACGAUAAUGAAUUCCAGAACUUAGCUGAACGUGCCGAUAUAACCAAAACGUGGACAGAGAAAAUUGUACGUGAUACCGAGACAGUAUUAAUACCCAAUCCACAAAAUCGUAUAGAAGAUUUUAUUUUUGAAAAAAUCGAAAAAAGUAAGCCACAACGACUGAGCAACUUAGAGCACUUGGCUUUAGGUAUGAUAGAGGCCGGUGGAGAUUUCGGUCAAGAUUUACCAUACGGUCAAGCUUUAAUAAAAGUUGGUCAAGCUGAACAGAAACUGGGACAAUGCGAACGAGAUUUUAUUGCAUCCUCCGGCAUAUGUUUCACUCAACCCUUGCGUAAAUUCUUAGAGGGUGAAAUGAAAACAAUAACAAAGGAACGAGGUAUAUUAGAAACCAAACGACUUGAUUUGGAUGCUUGCAAAAAUCGGGUUAAGAAAGCUAGAAGCAUGUUAGGACAACAGGCGAAAGAUGGUGUCUCCCCAGAGGCAGUGCUGGAGCAGGCCGAACGUGACUUGCGUGUCGCACAGGCGGAAUUCGAUCGUCAAUCAGAGAUUACCAAAGUAUUACUUGAGGGCAUUAGCACUUCACAGGCAUCUCAUUUAAGACAUUUGCAUGCAUUUGUUGAAACACAGGUGCGUUAUUACAAGCACUGCAUGGAUGCGAUGAACAAUUUGCAACGUGAUUUGGCCAAUUUGGGAGGCCCCACCCCAUACGUACCGAUCGAUAUAUACAACGAUAAUGAUGGUAGUGCCGCUGGUGGCAUUGGACUUAAUACUGGCGUUGGUAUUGGCAACGCUGGCGGUGGUGCUGCAGCCGGUGUGUUUGUUGGCAGCGGUGCUAAAAGACGCAACCCAGGCGAUCCAACACUUAAUGCCGACCAAAUGCGACGCGCACGUGUGCUAUGCGCUUACAAUGCAAAAGAUCACACCGAAUUACAUUUAAAUGCUAACGAGGUAAUAUUCGUAACUGAAUGCUCACCUGUAAAUCCGGAUUACAUGUAUGGCAAGCAGGGCUUACUGAAGGGACUGGUGCCACGCGCUUUUCUCGAAGUGCUCGAUGACGAAGGAAAUGACACAUAUGCAGGCAAUAAUGAUUAUUAGGGAACGUCUGAUAACAGCAUUUAAAGAGCAACAGUUCACUUAAGCAAAGCCAAAAAAAAAAUGUACACCACACGUUCCAUAAGUUUAAAAAAGCAAUGUUAAGGAAAAUUCACAAAUACUCAUAAAAUUUAUUUAAUUUAUACGUAUAUAAUUAGCGUUGUGUCAAAUGCAGAAUACAAGCAAAGAUAACAACAUAGACGGUAUAUAUAAAUAGCAAUGCUAAAUUGACCUAGAAAUUGCAGCACAAUAAUAAAAAAGAAUACAAUUAAUCAAUAUAUAAACCGAAUAAUACCGCUACAAAAUUAAAAAAUUAAUAAUUUUUAAAAUAUGCAAUAAUAUGUUGUGUGCAAGAUAUGUUGUAGAAAAAUUGCUUAAAGACGGUCCGUUGUUAUCUAGAACUGUUGUAGCGUCUAAGUUUGAUAAACAAUAAACCAAGUAGUAACGAGUGGUACAAUAAUAUGGCUAUAAUGCCUGUUGUUAUAAACUACGAACCGCACGAUAAACGAUAAUCACAAUUACAACAUACGUAUAAGUACACAGCGUUAAUAUUUCAUUUUUAGAAAAUUCUUCAAGUCGGCGCAGCAUUUGUAUGCAUAUAUAAAGUAAACACGAUUUAUAUUUUGAAUUUUUGGUUAUAAGUUUCAUUAUAGUGUUUUAGUUUACUUUUUCGUUUAAUUAAUAGUAUUUCUGUGUGUCUUCCAGUACUAGAAAUCUUAUAUAAACAUGCCAGUAAUAUGGUUUUAAUUGUUAUUAGAGAAUCUCCACACCUUCUUAACUGUAAUUGAAGCACUCGUAUUUUAAAUGAAAUGAAAAUCAAAAGACAAGUAUUUUUUUAUGUGAAAAUAUUUUUAUUACAUAUCUUUAGAUGUAAAAAAAAUUAAUUGUGUUAAUUUCAAGUUUAUUUGUAUAAUUUUGCAAUUUUGCGGAACUGUAACAAAGAAAGAAUACCCAAAAACAAAAUGAAGUUUACAGUUCUUAAAGCUGCUGGCUGAUCGUCAAUUGAAAAUCCAUCAAAUUAACAAAUAAAUGCAGCAAGCUUAUUUAAAUAUA